UACACUAUAUCCAUAUAUUUGCAGACUCAUAAAACUAAGACAAGAGAAGCUAAUAACCUAUAUACCUUAACUCCUUCCUUCCUUCUCAACAGUCAUCACCAAACUAAGCUAAGUUAUCAGCAAAACUUUCUGAGAAAUUAACAAUAAUCAAAAGAUGAAGUUACUUUGUUGGAUGCAUCGUAAGUUUCGCCAAAAUACCAAUGAAGCUCUUAAAGCUCUUGUCAUUGGACAGUCAUCAAUGGAUGAUCAACAACAAUACUACACAAAAUCAUCAUCAAACUAUGGUGGUAGACCCUUCAAACAAUCCCAGAGAGACAAUCAUCUUCGAAAGUCAUCCUUCACGGGUCUAGAUAACGAAGAAGAUUAUUAUGAUCAAGAUGAAUCAUCAUCAUCAGCUGCAAUCUCUGAGCUCUUCCAUGGUUUUCUUGCUAUUGGUACACUUGGAUCAGACCAAAUGAUGACUGAUCCUGCAACACCAACAUUUGCCAUAUCAGUGGACAAUAUAACUGAGAAAGAAACUGAGGUUACUGAGAAUGAGUUGAAGCUCAUCAAUGAUGAGUUGGAGAAAGUUUUGGGAGCUGAAGCACCAGAUGAUGGCUUCAAUAAUGAUUCUUCUGGUAGAAACAGCCAUGUUAGUAAUGGAAGAAGCAGCCAUGGCAGCAUCAUUACACUGAGUGGAAAGACUGAAGAUGGGAAUGGGACUACUGUCUGCCCACUGCAGGGUUACCUUUUUGGCUCUGCAAUUGAGUUGUCUGAAACAACCACAACAGCAGCUGCUAAGAAAGAACACAGAACAUCUCUUGGUGAACUGUUCCAAAAGAGUAAGAUUAUAGAGGAGAAUAAUGGUGGUGGUGGUGCUGGUGCUGGUGGCAAAAGUGAGAGGGAGGAGAAGAGAUCCGAGAAAGAAGCAGAUAAAUCUGCCAUGAACCUCAUGAAAAAGAAGCUCAAGAAGAAAAUGCUUCAUGCCUCUUCUCGAAACUCUGGGGCAGGUCCUGGUGGUGGUGGUGGUGGUGGUGGUGGUUGUAAUGGUGGAACCGGGGACUCUUCCGCUCCAACUGAAACAAAACUGCACAAGAUUCUUCAUAUGUUUCACAGGAAAGUUCACCCUGAAACCUCAGCGGCUACUCAUAAUAAGACUAACAAGGUUCCAAAGAAUGAGCACAGAAAGAAAACUAGCCAUGUUGGCACUGGCAACUGUGGAGGUCAGAUUCUCCCAGAUGAAGAUAUCACCUUAUGUCCACAGAGAGCUCUCUUUCUAAAGCAAAAAAUACGGCGCUACAGAAGCCAAUCCAAUCCACCCCAAUUCACAUACAGCAGCAUGGAUUCUAUGGCAAAUAGGGAGCAGUGGAUCAAAACAGAUGCAGACUAUCUGGUCCUGGAGCUCUAACAUGGUGCAGUGCAAGAAAAGUUAACCACUACAUCGUGAGAGCUUGAUUGAUGAAAAAAAAAAUCAUGCAUGUAAAAGUAUAUAUAUAUUGUUUAGAAUAUUUUGCUGUCCCUAUUAUGAGUAUGUGUGAGGUUGAGUGAAAGAGAUUAAUAAAUAGAGGUACUGCUGCUCCUCUAGUCCUCUUAUUAAAGAUAGAUACUGCUGCUAAGAGUGGUCAUGUAAUAGUGUUGGGUAUAUUAUUUAUAUAUCCCUUCUUUUAGUCGAGAUGCACUCAAAUUAUCCAAGCAUAAUUUGGAUAUGAACUUUCAAAGUCAUCUAUGGACAUUUAUGGAUCACUUGAUAUUUAUUGGA